UCAGAUCCCAGAAUUCAGCAGGCCUUGGAGCAGAUGAUGUCGAUGGGAUUCAAUAAUGAAGGUGGCUGGUUGACUGGUCUACUGGAAGCGAAGGAAGGCGAUAUCAGUCAAGCUUUAGACUCGAUCAGACCAGUUGAUCGUAGAGUCAAUGGAGGUUAUAAAGCUUAG